AUGCUUCGGUUUAUUUCCAGGGCUCUUGGUUUCUGGAGGAGGACCGACUCGUCGGCGGCAGAGAGGGAGCAGCAUCAGAGUCUCUUGGAAGGUGACACCAUGUUAAAAACUGUGCAGGGAGUCGUGACCAAGUUCUGUAAUGAUUAUGGCUUCAUUAAUGAGUUGAUCUACUUCAGUGGUGAUGUUGUGACUGGCGGUGUGCUUCUGAAAGUUGGACAAAGAGUUACUGCAAUUGUGGAAGAAGAUCAAAUAUCUCAGGAAUUGAAAGCAAUCAAAGUGGAUCCUUUCUGUGAUAAUUACCAUGAGAAUGGACUGUCAGACUCCUGUACUGGAGUUUCUUCUGGCUGUCUUACCUGUCGAAUGGAUGGUGCUGACCACACAGCUUACUUCUCUCUAGAUGUUGUUUGUAAAGAUUUUCAGCCAUAUCAGGGUGACCGAGUAGAAGUUGCAUUUUCCAUCCAGCCAGACACGUGGAAGAGAAAGGCCAUCUCUGUAAAGCCUCUGAGACACAAGCAUGUGCAUGAGGCCUGCAUUACCAGCCUAUCUGGAAGAAGUGGGGUGAUAGAUGAUAGCAUCUUUUUCACCUUGGAUUCUCUGAAACUUCCUGAUGGAUACAUACCUCAACUAUCUGACAUCGUUGACGUGGUUGCAGUGGAGAGCAUUCAGUCCUGUUAUACUUGGAGAGCAAUUUCUAUGACUCGAGUGAAAAAGUGUUAA